AUGGUACGAAGAAAUCAUCGAAGACCAAAGGUUACUCGAGUGAUUAACCUUAUCAAACGUAUCAUCGCAUUCUUCUUUUCUCAUAUUGGAUUAUGCGCAUUGGUGAUUGGAUAUGCAUUGCUUGGUGCGAUUGUGUUUCGAGCAGUAGAAGGACCACAUGAAACAUUCAUACAAAGCCAAGUAACAACAGCAAGGCAAAAAGCUGUCAAUGUUGCCUGGAAUGCUACCUUUAGGGUUAACAAAUUGGAUCGUGCGCAAUGGGAACGUGCAGUUCAUGAAGAAGUACGUCGAUUUCAGCGUAAGUGUAUGUGGGCAAUCAAACGUGGAUAUGAUGGAAGAGAAUACGGUUUAUCGGCGCAAUGGACAUUUACCGGAGCCUUUCUUUAUUCAUUAACAGUGAUAACAACUAUAGGAUAUGGUAAUACAUGUACUAAAACAUAUUUCGGCAAAACAUUAACUAUUUUAUUCGCAAUUAUUGGCAUACCUCUAAUGUUACUUUUUCUAACGAAUAUGGGCGAUGUUCUGGCAAAUAUUUUUCGAUUUUUCUAUGCGCGUUCAAUACGAUUCAAAUAUCGCCUCAUUUUAUGGCAUAAACGGCGUAAAGUUGCAGAAUUACGUCGCGCUAACUCUCUUGCUUCCCGAUUAGCACGAGAUGUAAAUACAGACUUAUCACGUGAUUCAUUCCCACUUAGCACUGAUGUACAAGAUUUGAUAGCAGCUCGUGCACAGAUUGAACAACUUGAAGUGAAAGAGAGUGUGGAAGCGCAACUGCAACGUAUAUCAGUACCACUAAGUCUGGUAUUCUUUACAAUGUUUGCUUAUCUGAUAGCCGGUUCGGUGUUGUUCUGUUUGUGGGAAGGAUGGACAUUUCUCGACAGCUUCUACUUUUGUUAUAUUUCUUUAACUACCAUUGGAUUUGGUGACAAAUUUCCUGGCGCAUCAGUGGGAAAUGAUAAGGAUGCACAGAUGAAACUUGUGAUAACUUCAAUUUAUCUUCUAUUUGGGAUGGCAUUACUAGCGAUGUGCUUUAAUCUUGCACAAGAAGAAGUUGUGAAUAAAGUUAGUUGGUUGGCUAACAAAUUUAAAUCACGAGAUGACGAGGAUUAUGUCUAG